AUGAAAGUUCAUCCCGCCAAGUGCGUCUUCAUGGCCUCCUCCAUCGACAUCCUCAGUCACAGAGUCUCGUUGAGCGGCAUCCAACCCCAACCACAGAAGGUAACUGCAAUCAAGGAAUUCCCCAAACCUGAAACAACGAAGAAGCUCCGAAAAUUCCUGGGUUUAGUCAACUACUACAACCGCUUCAUUGCCCAGGCUGCUAACAUCCUCGCUCCUCUCCACGAUCUUCUCAGGGGACUCCCCAAGACGUCUCCCAAGCCCCUCAUGUGGACUCAAGAGGCCUUUACAGCAUUCACCACCAUCAAGCAGCACAUCACACGCCUUACCCUGCCUCCAACGCCCGGAUCACUCUCACAACAGACGCUUCUUCUACUGCCGUGGGCGCCAUCUUACAACAGGGGAUCAACGGAGCUUUCAUGCCCAUUGCCUUCUUCUCACAGCGGCUUCAACCACCUCAACUCAAGUACAGCGCCUUCGAUCGAGAGUGCCUGGCCAUAUAUCUUGCUAUCAAGCAUUUCCAGCACUUCCUCGAGGCCUGUCUCGCCCUCUAAGAACUUCCUGUUCCUGGCACUAACAUCAAUUUGUGGUGCGAUAAUUCCUGUGGACAGCCUAGACCGUUCGUGCCUCACAUCCACCGCCACGCCUUCUUCAACCGCAUCGAAGGUCUCAGUCACCCAGGUGUGGACAGAAGCUAUUCCCAUGUCCAAUGUUACAGCAGAGUCAGCUGUCCGCGCCUUCCUGUCUGGUUGGGUCUCCCGUUUCGGUCCUCCGAUGAAUGUCAUCACUGACCGAGGAGCCCAGCACCGCACUACUGCUUACCACCCUCAAUCCAACGGCAUGGUAGAGCGGUUUCAUCGGCAGCUGAAGGAUGCUAUCAAGGCACAGCAUGACCCCUACAGCUGGACUGAUGCUCUACCCUUAGUGCUCCUUGGCAUCCACUCAUCACACAAAGAGGACAUGGACUGCAGUCCAGCAGAUCUCACCCAAG